GUAACUUCCAAGUUGGAACCCGUCAAUCAUCAUCACAGCGGAGACAGCGGGCGAGCCCCACUUACUUAGGUCCGACAUGUACGGGCCCAUGAGGCCUCAAGGCCUCAUGAGCUUGAGGUUGUGUGAGAAUGUGUUCAUUUAGACGCCCCUGCCGGGCCGACCAGGAGAAGGAAGGGCAAACGGGUUGUUCAGGCCUGACACGCCAACCUUGGUAACGGAUGGGUACGAGACUACCUGAUUGUCACCUAUUGUGUUCAUAUUCUCGCUGACUGUCAGAAUCAGAUCUUUUGGGGGACGGCAUAAACAAGAGAUGCCGCUCAGACAGCCAGGAUUGGUAGAUGGUGAUUCCUUGACGUUCGUUCUUUGGAAUGGAAGUCCUCGCAACGUUGCGCAUCGCCGUCUCGGUUUCCUAUGCAGCCUCCGUUGGACGGGCGUACCCCAUAGAUGCAGAAGUCCCAAAUCGGCUGGUUUCCUGCAGGAACUUGAAUGCGAACAGUGUGUCCGAUACGUGUAUUCGGCCCCCAGACCUGCAGGACGUUGAGAACCAUCUACCCGAGUAUUUCCAUGACUCUAUAACUUCUGCUCUACAGUUGUCUCUUUCUUCAAAGCCGCAGGCUCUUACCACCAUGGGGAACGUAUUCGGCGUCAUUCGAUCGACCGUUGGACGUCGUUGGACGUAUAAAGACAGUAAAGCUGCUGCCAUGCCUGCUGCUGAUUCAAUGCCCCACCUUGUCCUAGUGUCCCAUGAAGGCGUUGGCCAUACGAGACCCUUCGCCGCUUUCGCCGCAAGAUUCGUUCAGACCAAGCCUGCGCACAUCACAUUCUUCACUACAAUCGGAUUCUACGACCGCGUUGUGACAGACGUCGCUAGAAACUUGGGCGAGGACGAAGCGACCUUAGGCCCCUUGAUUAGAAUUGUGGCACUCGAGCCAGGUGAGGUCGUCAAGCCAGAAGAUGCGUUCAUCGCUCCCAGGGCUUCCUUGACCAAGGCCUAUGGACGGCUGGUGAAAGAAGAGCCGAUUAUUUGUGCCCGCACGGGCAAGGAGUUGCCGCCCAUUGCCAGUCCAGAUGCUGCGGUCGUCGAUUGCAUUGGAUACCCAUCCCUGCAGGUGGUGCGAGAACUGAGCGUGAAGCCUGUCAAAGUCUUCUCCUGGAUGCCGUCUCAGCAGUCAUCCUUGGUGUAUCCGCUCGCGCCUGUUCGUUAUGGCGGCAGAGAAGAUGUUCGCCCUAAAAUUCGUGAAGAAGCUGCGAGGACCGGUCGGAAGAUUGAGGAAGUCCUGGAAGAGAUGAUUUUGGUCACCAAGGACGAGGUGACGCGAGUUCCGGGUUUGCCACCCAUGUACGACUAUGAGUUGCAUCCUCAGCAGCUCUUGUUUGGAGGUUUGAUGGGGGCGCUCAUGAUGUUGAUGCAGAAUGUUGUCGAGAACUGCGACGGUCUAAUCAUGGCGACGCCAGAACCAUACGAACCGGAGGGAAUUGACGUCAUACGACGUUGGUUCACAGAGACCUCCCGUGAUAUCUACCCCAUCGGUCCCAUGGUGCCUUUCGGGAAGAAGGCGAUGGAAGGAGAGAACAAGCAGUCUCAAGAUGCAGGCGACAUUGAACAGUUUCUCGAAUCCAUUUUGAAGUCUCAUGGUCCCAAGAGCGUUAUAUAUUUCGCGUUCGGAUCCGUUUGCUGGCCUGCAGAGCCUGAGAAGUUAUGGGCAUUCUUGGACGUGGUGAUGGAGCACAAAAUUCCAUUCAUUUUAAGCCAUGUUUCUCCAUUUGCAAACAUUCCAGACGCGGUGAAGGAGAAAGUGGCAGGCUAUGGUCUCGGCCGUCUGACGCCUUGGGCUCCUCAACAGGCCGUCCUUGCUCACGACGUCUGCUACUGGAUGGUUCGUUACCCAUGGCGGCCACAACAGCACCAUUGAAGCCAUAUGUUAUAGCGUACCUAUGAUCUUCUGGCCUUACACAGCGGAUGAACCUACCAACGCGGCUAGGCUAACCGAUGUGUUGGACGCGUCAUAUGAACUGCUUGAAGUUCGAAGUGGGGAACACGGCCUGAAGCCCCUGUACCGUACUGGAAAAGCGCCUACUGGAACUAUGGAGGCCGUGCGUGAAGAAGCUGCUGCUGUUCUGAGAAAGGCUUUCGGCGAAGAUGGGAAACGCAAGCGUGCCAACUUGGAGCAGCUUUCUCACAAGGUUGUGCAUACGUGGGACGAAGGUGGCUCUGCACGGCGCGAGAUGCAGAGGCUUGCUGAUUCUCUAAAGGUCGUGAAGUCCAAUCAGGCACCCUGAGCAUUGGAAGGGAAGUUCACAGUUACAUAGAUGGGCGAUUCACAUACAUUUGUUUCUGUGUUCCUGCUAGAUGGACGUAUUGUUACCGUUCGGUUCCCAGAUGCCUUGCUAAGACUAUAGCAGUAUUGAUAUUGAGACGUUGAAUAUAUAUUUGCCGUUCGAUCUCAACAGUAUCAGAAUUGGGAUUAGUCUAUGAACG